AUGUUCGAUAAAUUAUCAAAUAAAAUUUCAGCAAUUAAAGGUGAUAUAACUGAAGCUGUUAAAGAACGACGUCGUUCAAUUUCUUCUGAUCGUCACAACUCAAUGUCUUCGAGAAAUCACUUAGCAACUAUGAAUACAGUUGCAUUUUUAUUGCAAGAUGAUACACCAUCUAUAACAAUGCAAACACGAGAAUUAUCCAAAAUAUCUGGUGAUACAAGAUCAUUAUCAACACUUGCAUCAUCAUCUAGUGCAAUUCAUACAUCACCGUCUCGACGCACCAUUGAUCAUUUGGCUUUGAAUACGGAUUUUAGUGGUAUGAAGUCAAAUAUCAGUAAAUCUUCUAGUUUAUCAGCUGCUCCAACGAAAAGUUCAACAUCUUCACUAAGUUCUACUGGUACUACUCACUCAUUAAAUAUAACUUCUUCACAUUCUCAAAGAAAAAUUGAAUCAAUGCAAAAUAUAUCUACACUUAUGAACAAUUCAAAAGAUACAGUGGGUGGUGUAAAAGAACGUCUUAUUACCAAAAUUGAUCCUGUUGAAAUGACUGUAAAACCUACUAUUGUUACUGUACUGCAAGAUACUGUAAAAAGAUCAGCUAUGCUUCUUGCUGGACCUAAAUUUCGAUUGAAUAUCAAGGAGAUACAAAAAACCAAGUUACCAUUAAAUAGUGAUACAAUUUAUUCAAUAUCAAUUAUCGUUGGUAUUGUUUCUCUACUUAUUACAUUAUGGAAACCAAUAUCAUCAUUUUUUUCCGGUUUUAUCGUUGGUUGUCUAUUUGCUAUAGCUACAGUGUAUACAUGGCUUCGAAUGAUUAUUGAUACUAAAGUUGAAGAAACUGCCAUAGAAGAAUGGAUUGAUUUUCCUGCACUUGACUCUAUGCUUACAAAAGUUGAUAAAGAAAACAAGAAUACAUAUAUUCAAGUAAGCGGUGCUUCCAUGAGCUUUCAAAGUUAUGAUGCUGAUCGUAAUGAUGAUUUUGUCCGUUAUCCAUGUGAUGUUCGUCUUGAUGGAUAUCGUCUUAUAAUUCAACUUGCCAGUAAACCAUGGAGCGAAGAAAAGAAACCCGAGAAAGAAGUGAAGCUUAUUGGAUGUCGAGAGUAUUUAAUCAAAGGCAAACUUUCUUUAGUUUUGCGUAAAGGAAAAGAUGAAAUCGAACGAGUUAAAUAUCUUCUUGCCACUAGCAUAGGAUCUCUGUCAUCAUCGAUUUCGAAUUCAUGUCUAAAUCGUCGUCAAGCUCAAACAGAUGCUGAUACUGUACUUAUUUCAAAUUCAAUUACUGAAGCAAAUAUUCGUGCUUCAGUUAUUGAAACACAGAUAAAUGCCGAAGCGUUACAACAAAGAGCGAAAGAAAAAGAACCAGAGAAUGCUGAAAAAGAUGCAAGUGGAACACAUCGAACUAUUGCAAGAAAAUCAAAAAAAAUAACACCGAAUGAAGCUAGUUUACAAAAAGUUCUUCAAACACCUGAAUGUUUAGAUGAAGCAGCUAUAACAAUCAAUUUCAUGGCUCGUCGACUUUUAUUUGAUAUGUUUCAUACUUCGAUUUUUAAAGACUUAUUAAAAAAUAAAAUUGAAAUGAAAUUAAAAGAAAUUGCUGUAUCUAUUCUUGAAAAUCUUCGUGUUGUGUCUAUUGACUUAGGUAAAACAUUUCCAAUUAUUUUAAAAAUUGAACCAAUGCAAUGGAAUACACAAGGUAUUUGGUUCAAUUUAUUUCUCUAUUAUCGUGGUAAUUUCAAAUUAUCCAUAAAAAGUCGUGUUGUACUACAAAAAUUGAUUAAUUAUGAUCCAAAAAAUGAUAAACCAAUAUUUGCACAACAUCAAACAUCACAAAUUGUUCAUAAAGAUAAUGAAAAUAUUGAUGAAAAUGAUUUAAUACAAAGACAAAAACUUUUAGCUAAAGAACCUGAAAUUCCAGAAAUGGCCGUAACACGAAAAUUUGGUACCGCAUUAACGAAUCUAGCUUUGAAUAAAUAUUUUCAAAUGUUUGUUAAUUUACCAUUUGUAAAAACAUUAUUCGAGAAAUUUUCACAGCAAGACGUUGGAAUUGAUGUUGAAUUGACUAGUUUUAGUGGUAUUCUUACACUUAACAUUCCUCCACCACCAAGUGAUCGAAUCUGGGUGGGCUUUCCAGAAAUGCCUGAUCUUAAUAUCAAAGUAACGCCAACAUACGGUGAAAAACAAUAUUCUUAUAUAUUAUUGCAAGAUUUUCUUGCAGCUAAAGUUCGAGCUGAAUUGAAACGUCUCGUUGUUCUUCCAGCUAUGGAUGAUCAACUUUUACCAUUCUUUCGAGAUUGGGUUAUCGAUAUUAUUGGUAAUAUUGUAGCCAAACCUAUAAAUCAACUCACUGAUAAUUAUAAAGCAAAAUUAAACAUCCAAACUGCCGUUCGUGAAGGAUUACAAGAAUACAAAAAUGUCAAAAAUGUUAAAAGACAAUCACCAGUAUUAUCUACCGGUUCAGAGACAACUCGUACUCAAAUGUGA